CCGGCGGUCCCUACCGCGUCAAAAAUUCCUAACCGAAACCGUUUGUUUUUCCGCUUUUCAAUUAUUUAUUAUUCGUUUUUUUUUCUUUUACCGUCGCCGAUCGGCGGCGAUUCUAGUUCAUUUCUUUCCAAUAAAUUUCAUCAAAGAUUAAUUUCCUUGAUCUAUAUCUUCACUCUCCGUCGAUCAGUGGCCAAAUCGAAAAAAUCUCUCGCCCUAGGAAUUUUACCGCCGAUUUGCCCGCCGGCGAGUCUUCCGUCAGCCGCUGUCUCUCCGGCGAUUCAUCACUCUUCACGAGAUCGAAGUGAUUGGAUUUUUGUCGGCAUUUUCUUGGUGGAUUGUUGUGCAGUGGAAGAAGAGUUUGGAGCUUUUUUUAUCUCUCGAUUGGCUGCUCUGACAGUUGAUAGAGAGGAUUGCUGCUUAAUCUGCUUCGUCCUCUUUUUGUGGAUCAUCGAAUAAGGAAAAAGACAGGGAGAGAAGUUUUUAAUUGAGACGUUGGUGCUGUUUUGUUGAUUGCGGGAUGAAUGAAGAAAUCCAUGACUGCCAGAUGUGUUCUGAUAUGAAGAUUUUUAUCGAUGUGGUCUGAUUUUGAUUGUGUGGAUGGAUGUAUUUGAAUCAGAUUCAAUAAGGAAGCAUUCAGCAACAGGGGAGACCCCAAGACCUCCACUGGUUCCGGCUGAGAGAAACAAUGUACUCGCCACCCGGCGCUCUCGGACGAGGGAAGUUAGUUCUAGAUAUAAGUCACCAACUCCCUCAGCGCGUUCCUCGCCCCGGCGCUGUGCAUCGCCGAAUGACUCCAGAACCGUGUCUACUUCCUCCCAAUUGGUUCAGAAGAGAGCCCAAUCGGCUGAGAGGAAGCGGCCCUCCACGCCCCCUUCCCCAUCGAGUCCAUCAACUCCGGCCAACGACUUGUCCACUGAUUUAAGAUUGUCUUCAAGAAGGACAGCUGGCGGUCGAUUGGCUGAAGGUUUAUGGCCUUCGACCAUGCGGAGUUUAAGUGUCUCUUUCCAGUCUGACUCAAUUUCUAUUCCUGUCAGUAAGAAGGAAAAACCAGUCCCUGCUUCUCCAUCUGCUGAUCGAACAUUGAGGCCAUUUUCUAAUGUCACUCACAAGCUGGUUGAAACACCUAUGGUCUCAAGGAAACCUACACCGGAGAGAAAGAGGAGUCCUCUUAAAGGGAAGAAUGUGACUGACCAGUUGGAGAAUUCUAAGCCAAUGGAUGGGUUGCAUACCCGGCUUAUAGAUCAGCAUAGAUGGCCAAGUAGAAUUUGUGGGAAGGUGUCGUUAAAUGUCUUAAGUCGAAGCGUGGAUCUUACUGAUAAAAUAAUUCGGAGUGCUGGACCACUUCCAGGAAUUGGAUUGUCUUCAUUGAGGAGAACUGCGUCUGAUUCAAUGAACAAACUUUUGCAGAAAUCUAGUAAUGAUUCUAUGAGGAUUCUUUCACCUGAUGAUGGUCUUACAACGGAAAUUGGGUUGUCUUCAUCAAGGAGAACUGCAUCUGAUUCAAUGAACAAACCUUUGCAGAAAUCUAAUAAUGAUUCUACGAGGAUUCUUUCACUUGAUGAUGGUCUUAGAACGGAAAUUGGGCUGUCUUCAUCGAGGAGAACUGCAUCUGAUUCAAUGAACAAACCUUUGCAGAAAUCUAAUAAUGAUUCUAAGAGGAUUCUUUCACUUGAUGAUGGUCUUAGAACGGAAAUUGGGUUGUCUUCAUCGAGGAGAACUGCAUCUGAUUCAAUAGGCAAACCUUUGCAGAAAUCUAAUAAUGAUUCUACGAGGAUUCUUUCACUUGAUGAUGGUCUUAGAACAGAAACUGGGUUGUCUUCAUUGAGGAGAACUGCAUCUGAUUCAAUGAACAAACCUUUGCAGAAAUCUAAUAAUGAUUCUACGAAGAAUUUUUCACUUGAUGAUGGUCUUAGAACGGAAAUUGCAACAAAUUCAGUUGACGAUUGUUCAUCGCAGGGAUCAGGAAUUCCAAGGCUUGUUUCUAAUGUCUUAUCAGAUAGGAUAAAAUCAACUCCUGCUGUCAGAUCUCAGUCUUUGCCAACAUCUGGAUCCCGUCUUCUACCUUCACCCGUUAGAAUCUCAGUGCCAUUACCCUCUGUUUCCAGAGGAUCAAGUCCAGCCCGGUCAAGACCAUCAACUCCUACUAGGGGUGUCAGUCCAUCUCGAACCCGGCAGACUAGUUCCAGUCAAUCCAACAGUUCAACUUCGGUGCUCAGUUUCAUUGCAGAUUUUAAGGGUAAAAAAGGUGCUAAUUAUAUUGAAGAUGCUCACCAGCUGCGGCUAUUAUAUAAUAGAUAUAUGCAAUGGAGAUUUUCUAAUGCACGAGCAGAAGCAUUACUUGACAUGCAGAAAGCAGAUGCAGAGAGAAUGCUAUAUAAUGUCUGGAUAGCUAUGCUUCGUAUUUGGGAUUCGGUAACCAGAGAUAGGAUUGAUCUCCAUCUGGUGAAGCUAGAGCUUAAGCUGAAUAAAAUCAUGAACGAUCAAAUGUCCUACCUUGAUGAAUGGGACACACUUGAGGGAGACCAUAUCAAUUCGAUGUCGGGUGCAUUGUUAGAUCUAGAGGCCAGCACUCUCCGAAUUCCAGUAACUGCAGGGGUAACGGCAGAUGUUGAAUCAUUGAAAGGUGCUAUCUGCUCAGCUCUUGACGUGAUGCAAGUAAUGGCAUCCUCCAUAUGCUCCUUGCUUUCAAAGGUGGAGAGAAUGAAUGGGUUGGUUUCGGAACUUGCGGUCCUCGCUUCACGAGAGAAGGCAAUGAUAGAUGAAUGUGAAUCACUGCUGGCUUCAACAACGGCAGUGCAGGUAGAAGAGUACAGUCUUAGGACACAUCUCAUACAAAUGAAACAAGCUUUGGAAAACACAACUCUAAAUCUUCUUCCCCAUCAUUACAGCUUCAACUACAACUACAACUACAACACCACUUUCAUAACCCCUCACCAACCAAGCUAACAAAUCAUACUUCCAAAAAAUGCCACUUGUAUUUGCUUCCUCCAUCAUAAAUGUAAAUUUGAUUAUUUAUUUAUUUAUAUAUAUAUACACACACAUCAUAUAUAUGGAAAGGAAAUGCAGAAAGUUCCAAAGGCUUCCAAAAAGAAUGUCAAUGAAAAUGGAAGUAGAAAUUCUUCCAUUUGUAUGAGUUGGGGUAAUUUAUUUUCUUUUCUGUUAUUUUUGGGUUAUUUAAUUGGUUAAGUUAUGAAUUUGUUUGGAACUUUGGUACUAAUUUAGGGUCUCUAUUGUCUAAAGAGUUUCAGUUUGGUUUUUGUGAA